AUGUCAUAUUUCCGCAUCACCCUCCUACGCUCAGGCAUCGGCCUGACCAAACGAACACAAGGUGUAUUGAAAGCACUUGGUCUCCGACAUCGAAUGACCACCGUCUUCUAUCCCGUCACACCGGAAGUCGCAGGCCAGAUUAUGCGAGUUAAGGAAUUGGUGUCAGUUGAGGAGGUGGAGAAGCCGUUGACCAAGGCAGAGGUGAAGGCGGAACGGACACCAGAACCUGGAUUUUAUUUGGAGAAAGCAGCACCCCGGUGA